UUUGUGAUAUUUAUGUUAUUUAAAUCUGGUCAUACGGCCUCAGUUGUUUGAUAAUCGCGUAGCAGUGCGGAGCCGUUGCAAAUCCGCUGCACCUGAAACUUUCGCACACCCUCCAACAGCUAGAGCGAAAGAGAGCUAGAAGAUACACGGCUAGAGAGAGAAAGAGAGCAAAAGACAACAACAGGAAACGCACACCGCAAGAAGACUCAAACAACAAAACUCAUGAUGCAACAGCAGGAGAAGCUGUUGCUGGUGGCGCUGUGCAUUAUGGCCAGCACGCUUACAACACUGGCGCUCGGAGAACAAACGCUGGCAGCAGCAGCGGCGCAGCAAUCGCCGGCUAAGCUAGAGCAGAAUCCGUGCGUGAACAAGGGCACGUGCCACGCGUGUAUUCAGACACAGAACUGUGGAUGGUGCAUGAAGCCAGAUUAUGGAGAUCGGUCGCGUUGCUUUUUGCAUACACCGAAGGCGGAUAUCUGUCCGGAGGAGUACAUUUGGAAUCCCGAUACAUCCGAGCGCAUCUUGAUCAACAAGGAUCUGACAUUGGCCAGCGGUGGUGCCGCUUGGGCGGGCGGUCAAUAUGCUUCGGGUGUUGGCUACGAGAGCAGCGCCCAUGGCCAGAGCUCGGCAUCGGGUUCGUAUAGUGCCUCCAGUUCCAGUUCCAGCUACGGUUCCAGCUCCAGCUCCGGCUCCAGCUCCGGCUAUAGUGCCAGCUCCAGCUCAGGCGGCUACGGCGCAGCAGUCAGUGGUGCAGCAGCAGCUGGUGAAAUUGUGCAGAUAAAGCCACAACGCGUUAGCCUCAAGCUCCGCAUUAAUGAGGUUCACAAUCUGGAUGUUAGCUAUUCACAGGCCGUCGACUAUCCCGUUGAUCUCUACUAUUUGAUGGAUCUGUCCAAGUCUAUGGAGGACGACAAAGAGAAACUCUCGGCCUUGGGCGAUAAACUGUCCGAGACAAUGAAACGCAUUACAUCCAACUUCCGCUUGGGCUUCGGCUCAUUUGUGGACAAGGUGCUGAUGCCCUAUGUAUCCACCAUACCCAAGAAACUCGAGCAUCCAUGCGAUAACUGCAAGGCGCCGUAUGGUUACCGCAAUCACAUGCCACUGAGCAAUAACACCGAAAGCUUCUCUAACGAGGUGAAGGAGGCGGCUGUCUCUGGAAAUUUGGAUGCACCUGAAGGUGGCUUCGAUGCCAUAAUGCAGGCGAUUGCCUGCCGACAGCAGAUCGGUUGGCGCGAAAAGGCGCGUCGUUUGCUAGUGUUCUCAACGGACGCGGGCUUCCAUUAUGCCGGCGAUGGCAAAUUGGGCGGCGUGAUUACCCCGAACGAUGGCGAAUGCCAUUUGAAUGCACAGGGCAUGUACACGCAUUCGAUAAUACAGGAUUAUCCGAGCAUAUCGCAGAUCAACCAGAAGGUCAAACAGAAUGCGAUCAACAUUAUCUUUGCCGUCACACAGAAUCAGUAUGCCGUCUAUCAGAAGCUGUCCGCUCACAUUGAGGGCUCGUCCAGCGCCAUUUUGUCCAAUGAUUCGUCCAAUGUGGUGGAUCUGGUGCGCGAGGAGUAUGGCAAAAUCUCAUCGACGGUGGAGAUGAAGGACAAUGCCACUGGAGAUGUUAAGGUCACGUAUUUGUCUAGUUGCCUGACCAAUGGACCCCAGAUCAAGACGAACAAGUGCAGCGGUCUUAAGGUCGGCGACAAGGUCACCUUUACGGCUCAAAUAACGGUGACCAAGUGUCCAACUGAUCCACGUCACUGGAAUCAGGCCAUUCAAAUCUAUCCGGUGGGAAUUAACGAAAGCAUGAUCAUUGAUCUGGAGAUGCUGUGCUCCUGUCCCUGCGAGCAUGCCGGCUCCACUGGCUACGAGCUGCACUCGCAGAAGUGUCACAACCACGGCACCUAUAUGUGUGGCAUCUGUGAGUGCGACGAGCAGCAUUUUGGUAACACCUGCGAGUGCUCCACGUCCGAUAUGCAUUUGAAUAAUGGCAAUGAUAAUAUGUGCCGGCCGAGCAACGAUACGAGCGUGGCCGAAUGCAACGGUCGUGGCAGCUGUGUGUGCGGCGCCUGCGAAUGCCACAAGCGCACCAAUCCCGACGAGAUCAUCUCGGGCAAGUAUUGCGAGUGCGAGAACUUCAGCUGUGAGCGACGCAAGAAUUUAUUGUGCUCGGGCCCCGAUCACGGCACCUGCGAGUGCAAUCGCUGUGUGUGCAAGCCCGGCUGGACGGGCAACAGCUGCGACUGCCAGACAUCGAAGGACACGUGCAUGCCACCAGGCGGCGGUGAGAUCUGCUCGGGCCACGGCACCUGCGAGUGCGGCGUCUGCAAAUGCAAAACAAUGGACGAGGGCCGCUACUCGGGUAAAUAUUGCGACAAGUGCCCCACAUGCUCGGGCCGUUGUCACGACCUGAAGGACUGCGUCCAGUGCCAAAUGUAUCAGACGGGUCAGCUGAAGAACGGCGAUGAUUGCGCCAAGAACUGCACCACAUUCACGGCCAUUAGCGUUGAUACGGUCAAGAUCGACGAGCACAAGGACGAGCAGCUGUGCGUGUUCUUCGACGAGGAUGAUUGCAAGUUUACGUUCAAAUACAGUGAGGUGGGUGAGCUGGUCGUCUAUGCCCAGCAGGAGAAGGAAUGCCCGCCCAAGGUCUUUAUGCUGGGCAUUGUCUUGGGCGUCAUCGCCGCCAUUGUUCUCGUUGGCUUGGCCAUAUUGCUGCUCUGGAAGCUGCUGACCACCAUACACGAUCGUCGCGAAUUCGCACGCUUCGAGAAGGAGCGCAUGAAUGCCAAAUGGGAUACGGGCGAGAAUCCUAUCUACAAGCAGGCCACAUCCACCUUCAAGAAUCCCAUCUAUGCGGGCAAAUAAUUUGCAAUGCGAAUGUGCCCAUUGUUUUCAUUAGUGAAAUUUGCCAUUCUAAACACUGACUGUCCACUAUUAUUUACCGUUUGCUAACCCAACUGAAUCAAUCAGCCAGCCAAUCGCUCCAGUCAAUUGAAGCAGCUUCCUUUUUCUCUUCUCUUUUACAUCAAAUGGUGCGCGUGCCACAUGCAACAAGAAACAACAACAAGAAAACAAAAUGCUUGAACAAAAGUCAAACUGCCAUUGAAACGCGUUCUUAACUAAGUCAAAUUUAUAUAGAUAUAUAUAUAUAUAAAUAUAUAUACUAUAUAUGUAUGUAUACACACACACACAUAUGUGUUGCUUCCAUUUGAAAAGCAAACGAAUUGUGCCUUGCAAUAUAUACGAUAUAUAUUUUAGAUUCUUUUAUAUACAUGUACAAGAAAAACAAAAUCAACAAGAAAAUGUUAAUGACAAAAGCUUCCAUUUGUAAACCGCCAAAACUAACAAGCAGAAUAACAACAACAACAACAAUGAACGCACAAACAACCAAAAUCAAUGCAACAAUCAAACAACCAGCAAAAAAAAAAAAAAAAAAAAAAAAACCGAUCUAAAAACAACAAAAUUACUUAAGAACACCAAAGUGUGCCUCUCUAACUUUCAACUAACCAACGAAUCGAUCAUUUGUAAUAUAUAUAUAUAUAUAUAUAUAUAUACAUCAGAUAUAUAUAAUUAUGUACAUCAACUAUGUGCUGCCCACAAAGACAACAACAACAACAAUGUCAUCGAGCUGCGAUUGUGUGUAGCACAUUUGAUAUUAUAAAUCUACAUAUUAAUUCAUUAUUUCUUGAAAUUUCGUAACUUAAGUAUUCGGUUUUUCUUAUUGGAUCGGAUUAAUGUCCAUUUAUUUAUUAGCUAAACGAUCCAAAAAGCAACAAUAACUGAAUUUAAUAUGCCAAUUUAAAGGAGUAGACGAAGCAGAAGAAGAGGAAAAAACUAAACUAAACAAAAAACUGAUUUUGUUAACUUUAUGGACUUGCGCCUAUUUUUUUUGUUUGCCGUCAAUUAUUUCGUGUUUUCUUUUUUAAUGUGUAUGUUUAUUAUUAUUAUUAUGUAUUUUUUUUAAAUAUAAAUAUUAUGUUUAUUUUAAAUCUAACUUUACAAUUAAUAUUUAAGCAUAUUAACAUUUAAGCUUUUAAGUGACAACCGAAAAGAUACAAGAACAAAAAAAUUGUGCCUGAAUUUGAUUAAUGAUUUUCGUGGCUUUUCCAAUUUUUUUGAUCAAUAAUAGUAUAUUAAUGCUACCCUAAUAAAAAACAUAAACAAAAACAUAAAAAAAAAAAA